AUGGUCUCCCAACAAGAGCGCGAUAUUCUACGUGCCGAGAUUCGUUCUCGUGGUGAGAAACUAUCCGCUCAAGACCGUGAGAAUCUCAUCAGACCUUACCUGCCCGAUCCCUCCGAUCUACCAACAUCUCGACCGAGAGCCUCAACCGCGAACUCCUCCUCCUCCCACUCGCGACGUCAGAAGAACCAGAAGACUCGAAAGACUCCAAUUCGCACAUUCGUCAAGUCGCAACUUCACCAUCUGACCUAUGCCAUCACUCAUAUUAUCUUCGGUAUCAUCGUGCGUCUUCUGCAAGCCUACCAUGCCGUGGUGGAACGAGUCUUUGCCAUCGUUUAUCACCACCACCGGACGCCGGAGCUGAUUCGGAAGGAUGUGCGCGGGUUGAAGCGCUUACCGCAGCAUCUAAGUAUUCUUCUGACCUUGCGCACGGAAGAUGAUACGCUGGCGGUUCUGAUGGAUGAGGUGGCUGAGUUAGUGGCCUGGAGUGCUUGUGCGGGGAUUUCUCAACUGAGUAUAUAUGAGAAGACAGGUGCCUUGAAAUCUUGCAUCCCAGCCUUACAUCAAAUCAUCACCACCAAGCUCGCAUCUUACUACGGCUCACCCUCCCAACAACCGAAUCUGCAGCUCUUUGCACCCCAUCACCCAAUCUAUGGCGCCAACUCCAACCCCAGAUCCGAAGUACCUCCCCUGACACUUCUACUCCUCUCCGCCACAGACGGUCGAGAAACCAUGGUAGACCUGACCAAGACUCUGGCCGAGAUGUCCCAGAACGGCAAACUGUCUCCGGAGGAUAUUACGCCAGAACUGGUUGAUGCUGAAAUCAGUGAAAUCACUUCCCAGCCUCUCCAGUCCGAAACCGAAUCGGAUCGCGCCCCGAUUAAUAUCAUUAAGCCUGAGCCUGACCUGUUACUGAUCUUUGGGCCUUACUUGAAACUCGAUGGGUACCCGCCGUGGCAGAUCCGCCUUACAGAGAUGUAUUGUACUGGGGAUCGGAGUCAUGGUAUGACUGGGUAUGGUGAGGCUGUGGAAUAUCAAGGUUUCAUGCGGGGCUUGUGGCAUUAUGCUGGAGCUCAAAUGCGAUUCGGACGCUGA